AUGCUGUCACCGCCCGCCACAAAUGCAACACCCUUCCGCUAUCACACUCCCUUCCGCAAAACGUCGCGACACGCAUCCUCUCUGCGUACCACCAUCCAGCCAUCAACCGUGACUCCUCAACGCGCAGUGGCCAGAGCACCAAUGAGUACAGAUUACCUCGCCGUCCCAGACCCGGACAUUGCGGCUGCUGCCGACGACGCAAGCUCAUCCACUCCCAUGCGUCGCGCUUCAUCCACCUCGUCCAAUCACUCGCACAUCUCCGAGGCCUCCUCCUCGGCAUUCGACGAUACCGGCAGGCCAGCUCUCUCGCGCGCGUCGAGUAUGGCCUACUCCGAUGACGGUUCCACCACGCCCUACCGUACCUACAACUCCAGUGCCUCGGGUUCCGUGGAGGGCAUCGAUCUGCUCGGCUCGUCCCACUCCGGCGCCCUGCCACUCAGCGACUUGUUCGAGACCUACUUCUCUCCACGCAUCGAUCUGGCCGGCAGAAAAUGGACCGCCUUCUCCGGCGACAUGCGCUCACGCGCCCGCAAAAGGCGUGAGGAGCUCGUCCGCAAGGCCAAGUCCAAGCGCGAACUUCAGCAGAUGGACGACGAGCUGAAAAAGAUGCGCAAAAAGGUCUCGAAGCGCAUCGAGAACCUCCAGCAGAAGUGGGUAGACGCAAAGGUGGUAAGGCUACGCGACAAGAUCUCCUUUGUCGUAGGCGUCCUCAACCUCGUCGUCAGCUCCCUCGUCUUUGCGCUGCGCCCGGAGCACAUCCCGACACUCUACUCGGCCCUCGCCCUCUACUUUUUACCGCUUAGGGUGUGGUCCUACACCUCCAAGAAGUGGCACUACUUCCUCUUCGACUUUUGCUACUUUCUCAACGUUGCCAACCUGCUCUUCAUCUGGGUGUUCCCCAAUUCCGAGUUCUUGUUCACAGUAUGCUACUGUGCUGCACAUGGCCCACUCGCAUUCAGCGUCGCAACAUGGCGGAACAGUCAGUAUCAUAUCGACCAACAGAUCGUCUAUCCAGAGUUGCUGACACGGCACAUUGUGUCGAAUCUAGGUCUCGUCUUUCACUCGCUCGAAAAGAUGACUUCGCUCUUCAUCCACCUAUACCCGCCAUUUGUCUUUACGACAAUGGUGCACUUCAUGCCCCACGAUCAAGCUGUGACACGCUUCCCGGCGCUCGCGAACCUCAAGACUCUCAACGGAUACACCAGCUUCUGGUUUAACGUGACGAUCUAUCUCGUGUGGCAGCUCGUCUACUACGAGCUCAUCGUCAUCCGCAAAAAGUCCAAGAUCGAGACGGGCGAGCGCAUCAAUUCCUACUCGACCAUGAGCAAGGGCAAGGGUCCCGUAGCCAACCUGCUGGGCAAGGCGCCGCCCAAGCGUCGCGAGCCAGCCUUUAUGCUGCUGCAGUUCGUUUACACCAUCAUCACAACACUGCCGGCUCCACUGAUCCUGUUCCCAAGCUCCACAGCCUCGGCCGUGUUCUUUGCGGUCAUCUUUGUGGUGAGCGUGUGGAAUGGAGCGUCGUACUACGUCGAGGUAUUUGGUCGACGCUUCGAAAAGGAGCUCCUCGAGCUGCGCCGCGAGAUGGAACUCAUCAAGUCCGCCGAACAAGCCGUCUCCGCCGGCACCGGCGCCGACACCGACAAGGAAAAGGACGAGGUCUCCGAGUCGGAAGCUGCUGCUGCGGCCACCUCGCUCCCGGGAGCAGACGCCACUGCUGACAGCAAGAAGGAUAAAUGA